AUGUCUCGGUCGCGAGCCUUCUGCCGUCCCUGGUCCAGCCCACUUCUUAGACGGGCUAUAUAUUCUCCAUCCGUGGCCUCUAAGCCUAAACGCAUUAUAGUCGGAAUCACCGGUGCAACAGGCGCAGCAUCCAUCACAAUAAAGUACGAAACCGAGGUUCCCGACGCGCAUCUCCGCUCCCUCGCGACCUACAACUACUCCGCCCGGGAUCUGGCCGCCCCGAUCUCCAGCGGUUCCUUUCUGCACGAUGGCAUGAUCGUUAUACCCUGUAGUAUAAAGACCUUAGCAGCCGUGCGGAUGGGCUAUUACAAGGAUCUGAUCGCUCGCGCCGCGGACGUCAGUUUAAAGAAAGGCCGGAAACUAAUACUGGUGGUACGCGAAACCCCGUUGAGCAAGAUCUACCUAGAAAACAUGCUGGCCUUACGACGAGCGGGCGCCGUGAUCUUCCCUCCCGUACCUGCCUUUUAUACGAAGCCCCAGGGGUUGGAUAAUCUUGUGGAUCAGAGUAUAAUAAGAAUGUUGGACAAUUUCGGGAUCACGCUGGAGACAUCUCCACGGUGA